AUGGAGCCCACAGCUCACAGCCAGCAGCAGGCAGCUACCCCUUCCAGCACGGAGACAACAGAAGACAUUGCCUCCUGUUUAAAUGCUGCUGUGAGGAACAAAAACCAAGAACGUGUGCUGGAGCUGCUGGAGAAAGGGGCGGAUGUGAACUCCAAAGUAGCGUUUGGCUGGACACCAUUGCAGAGUGCUGUGCAAGAUAACAACGAGGACCUGGUCCGGCUUCUGCUGGACAAGGGUGCUUGUCCACAUGCCAGGAAGGACAAUGGUGGCACUGCAUUUACUGAGGCAGCGAUAGUGGGAAACGUGAAUAUACUGGAGCUCCUCCUUGAUCGUGGGUUAAAUAUUAAUGACUGUGACGACAACGGCUUCACGGCUUUCAUGGAGGCUGCGUGGUAUGGGAACGAGAAAGCCUUGGAAUUCCUGUAUAGCAAAGGAGCAGAUGUGAAUUUGAGGAGGGUAGUUAACGAGGAGAAAGCGAAACUGCAUAAAGGAGGUGCGACAGCACUGAUAGAUGCUUGUAGGAGGAGUCACUUCUCGGUUGUAAAAACUCUUGUCCAAGAGAUGGGGGCUGACAUGAACAUUUGUGACAACAAAGAUAGGAAUGCCUUGAUCUACGCCCUCCAGGAGGGCUAUGCCAAGGAGAGAUACGAGUCGGCUGUCUCCAUAGGCCUUUUCCUGCUGGACCAGGGUAUUGAUGUGAACAGCAAAGACGAAUGUGGGAAAAGUGCCCUCAUCCUAGCUGUUGAAAUGCAGAGCCUGGAGUUGGUGGAAGCUUUAUUGGAGAAGGGUGAAAUAGAUAUUGAUGAUGCAGAUGAGGAGGGCAAGACAGCACUGAUGGUGGCUGUAGAGAAAAAUAAUUACAAGAUAGCAGAGUUGUUGUGUAGAAAAGGAGCAAGGACUGAUGUUGGGAACCUUAUUGCUGUUGCAAAUAGGAACCGUGCUCACAAGGUGGCAGAGCUUCUUCGCCAGCAUAAUGCCAGGUUUGUUCCAGAAACCCUUGAAGACUGGGAGCCAAACAGCAGACGCUGGAGGGACCAGCUGAAAAAUCUUUAUAAAAUAUAUCGCCCUAUGAUUCACAAACUGAAGACGUUUCAAUACAUCCAGCAAAGAAUUCAGAACACUUCCCAGGGUGGCAUCUACCUGGGGCUCCACGGUGAGACAGAGGUAGCGGUAAGAGUAUGCCGCAGUACGGCGGGUGACAAAGAGACAGAGUUCUACAAACAAUGUGGUAACUGUGAACAUCUGCUGAAGCUCUUCCAGUCUGAGAAGGCCAAAGGCUACAUGUAUUUGUGCUUCCCUCUCUGGGAGAAAAACCUUGAAGAACGUCUGCAGGAACGAGAAGACCAAAUGGAUUACAAAGAUGCUCUGCGGAUGAUCUUCCAGGCAGUGAGAGAGCUGCACUCCCUUGGAUUUGCUCACCAGGAUCUGCGUCCCAGCAACUUUUUCAUAGAUUUAGUUGGCAAAAUUUACUUGGCGGACUUCGAUAAUAAAAGAAAGUUGAUUGAAGGCAAAAAAGAACUUGUAAACUCAGAUUUAGAGGCCCUCAGCAGGCUCAUGCUGUAUGUUUUAACGGGGGGUAAGAAACCCCUUCAGCAAGUCAGUACCAAGGAUUUGGCUGCUGAUUCCCCAGAUUACGAGGAGGCUCUGGACCUUGUAAGUAGCCUGGGCUCUCAUGAUGAACGAGGCUUGGAAGGUUUGAGCAAACAUCCCUAUUUCUGGAGCAAACAGACCAGGUUCAACUUCCUGAAGGGUGUAUGGAAUAAAAUCAAAGAUCUCCACAAGCGAAAAGCUGUCUUUCAACCUCCUAAUGCUACUGUAGUUUUUCCUUACCCGUCGUGGACCCAGGAGAUUGACAGAGAAGUUUUGAAUAUCAUGAGAAAUCCUAAGAAAGGAGGAGCAUGCCAUUAUAGCAAUGAUGUCACCGACCUACUGAGGUUCAUGAGAAACCUGGAUGAACACCCAGAUACCAGGAUCAGCGAAAUAAUAGGAGACUAUGCCAAGUAUUUCUUGAAGAUUUUUCCAGCACUUACCAUUUAUGUCUACAACAGUUUACGCCAGAAUCCCAAGUGCAGUCACUUUGCAGACAUUCAGGACCCUUCUCUGUAG